AAUUAAGCUAAUGGACCGCCCCAGAAGAAAGAGAUGAUGACCUCUCUUUGGAAGAGAAGAACCUGCACAUAACCACCAUCCUCACUAUGAGGAGAAUAAAAUAGCUCCUGCUCCAGCUCCUUCCGGGCCAGAGAGCAAAGACGAGCCUAAAAUUCCAUUGUAUAUUGAAAGCAAGUACACAACUAAAGACGUUAAAGUGAUGGAUGAUACCCCUCAGACUUAUGUCGAUCAAAAGGUGUUCAAGUACGAGUGACCGAUCUGAAUGAGAUAUUUUGACAAAAUCCUUGAAGGCGUAUGCUGUAAAUAACUACCUGUGCCACUUUUGUGCUGAAGACUUCAAAUAAAUUGCAAGCCAAGAACCCUGAGUAUGGCUUCAAAUGUCCAAUAUGCAACAACCUUUAUAUUGACCUUGUCGAUGUUGACCCCGAGAAUAACAUCAGACGCUAUGCUGACUCCUUCAAAGCGGCUAUGAAGCCAGAUAGUCUGAAAGACCAAGAGGAGGCUGAAUACGAACUCGACCUGCUUGAUAGAGAUGAAUUGAAGAGGAGAGAGACUUUGCUCAGCCAGAAAGAUAACUACGUGUAUAGCAAGAGUGGGUCCCUACAUGACCUGGCCUAACAGAAAAAUUUACAAUUUUCCUUC